AUUUGUUUAUAAAAAUCAAUAUGUAAUCAGUAGCUAUAUAAAAAACAUCUGAUAUUUUAUUGGCUAAAAUCACAAAUAGUUAGCUAAAACUAAAACUUAGUGUGUGCUCAACCAAAUCUGUUUUAACACAAAGCAAAACAAUGUUGCUACAUGGACAACAACCUUCUUCCAUUGGCCUACAUUACCCAUAAACCUCUGCGCUUUAAUGUCCCACUGAGAGGGGUUUAUGGGGCUUGAAGGACUGGGUAUUUUAGCCUCGAACCACCCAUCACCUAGGCUUAUCCCUACCGAAACUACAUUUCCCAGGUAUGUUAGGGGACCCAAACGUUUGCUGUUUGGCUCAUCCUCGGCCGGAGUGGGGAUUGGCUUGCUGCUGCAUAUUGCAGACAGACACCGGGCUUAGGAAAUAAUUAGGCCUAUUGCACCGGCGCAAGAACGUAGCGUUGGAAAUGUGAGGAGCCCGUCAUGUCAUCCUUGUCUGGACUCGGCAUGGCGCAGGAGGAGCACGAACACAGCCUGGAGGAGAAAUUUGCUGCCGCAGUUAAAGUGAUCCGGAGUUUGCCUGAAGAAGGUCCUUUUCAGCCUUCUGACGACCUGAUGCUGAUGUUCUACAGCUAUUACAAGCAGGCUACUGUGGGGCCCUGUAAUGUCCCCAGACCAAUGGGCUUCUGGGACAAUCGAGGCAAAAUUGAAUGGGAUGCUUGGAGCUCACUAGGAAACAUGACAAAGGAGGAAGCCAUGACGAAUUACAUUGAGGAUAUCCAGCUGAUUUUGGAGACCAUCCCGAUCUCAGAUGACGUGUCUGAACUGGUGCAGAAGCUUGGCAACUUCUAUACAGAGGUUGACGGUGAAGAAGAGGAGGGAAAUGAAGUGGAUAAGAGACCCUUCACCAGACCUUUUGUAGGACAAGAAGAAGAGCUGGUUAGAUCGAUUAAGAAGCCAACAAUGGAAGGCUAUGGGGGUCUGUGGGAUGAUAUACAGAACGUCCAAGAGCAAGACAAACACAGCAGCGUGCUGGAGCAAAGUUUCAGCAGCGAGGAGGCCGAGGGAAGCAGAGAAAGUAGUCAAAUCGAGAGAAAAGAGGAGAGUAGUGAUUGGAGGAGAAGUGAGGAGGAUGGAGAUGAAGACGUGAAAAGAUACGAUGGAGACAAGGAGGAGGACAGAGACUCAAGCCCUGACCCGAGGUUUUUAAUGGUGGAUGACAGGAGAUGGAGGUCUGACACCAAGGGCUCCAACAGCAGCGUGGAGCCCAGCAUGUCUUCCUUCACCAACGGGACACACAGCUCCCUCAACAGCGAGGUGGAGGAGGAGGAACUGGCCUGCUCUUUAGAGUCCAGUGUACAGUAUAACCCAUACAUGCUCUUCAACGGACACUUCAGUGAUCACAGUGAUGCUGCACCUGAUAGCAUCCAUCGAUCCGCAGACUCUGAUAAUGAGGAAUUCUGCGACUCCAUGGAGCAUCUAGCGAUGGAGGUGCUCUCUACAUCAAAAAGCCUCCUGUCUCCAGGAUCGGGAGCCGCCUCAGUGAGGCCCAAUGAUCUUUGGUUUGAGAGCAGCACUACGCUCAAAGAGGCAGAGGAUGAAGGACUCACAGGAGAUUUCUGUCAUCAAGAUGUGGUCAGUCCAAACAAACUAAACAGCUCCUUAUCAAGAAGAGGACGAGGUUCCCCGUCACCACAGUCCACCUGCAGCUCUCCCCGGUGUGUGGAUGCUGCCGGUGGUGGUUUCACACAGAGCAGACAUCCUGUCAAGGGAAACGUCAGCGAGCAAAUAGCAGCGGCUCUGCUGAGGCUGCAGGGCGACAUGGCCGAUGUGCUGCACCGGCUGCACACGCUGGAGGAGCUGAGCAAGUCACAGUCACGAUCAUCUUCACCAAGGCAGGAAGGCUUGUUACCAGUGGCACGAAAGUUCCUCAGACCAUCAUGGUGGCCUUUUGACUCCUCUCCACUCACACUGGCGUUGACUGCACUCUGGCCUCUUAUCACCCAUUUACUUUUUCAGCUUUAUUUACAACGAAAGAGAAGGAAAACCAUGUGAAGUUUCUGACUGUCGACAUCAGUCAAUGAUGCACUUUUAUUACUUUGUGAUUUUCUCCAGCUGCCACCGCAGAUUGAGGCGACAGUACAAAUGAAGAGGUCACAUUAAGUUAAUGAAUGAUCAGAAAGGUGUGGAAAAGGAGUCCUGGCAAUAUAGUGUAGCAUUUUAAACGUACAGGAGACGUCAGAAGUUUAAGAAAGGAAGGAUUAUAAAGUCUGACACCAUUUCUUUCUUACAGUGAGCUUAGUAUAAAAAAAUUAUCUUAAAUAUGACUCAGGUCACUAGAAACAUAUACAGGAACUAUAACUCACAUAACAUGUAACUACAAUAUACUUAAGAUUUACUGACAAACAGUCAUUUCCAAGUUAUUUAUAUCACAUUUAAUUGUUUUUGUGAAACUUAGUUUUUAUUUUUAUGGACGUUGGUGUUUUAUAUGUGUUGUUUGACAUAUUUAAAUGGUUCAAGAGCAUUUCUUUUAAGACCUAAUAGACAUUUAAGGUGAAUUAUAUAGGUAUUUAUGUGUGAAAGUGUGCAUUUAUUUAAUGGGUUUAGUACAUUUAUGAUAAAGUACUUUAGACAUGAACAGAUUCCUGAACCAGCCCAAAAGGUACAGGCCCAGUGGGUGAAUGAACCAGGAAGCAGGAAAAAAAAGAUGAACAAAAGUUUGAUUUAAAAGGGACAGAAAUUAAAAUAUUUUAAAUCAAAUACAGGCAGAUGAACACAUUUCAGCGAAGCAAAACAACCAAAGGCAGAUGUUACAAAAGAAUUCUGCGAGAUUUGCUGUUUGAGACUUAGAAAUAAAAGGUUGUGGGGUUUUGUACAUACUUAGGCACCCCUUUUUUUUUUUAAGAAAACAGUAUUUAAAAAGCAAGGCAGAGUACAGACAAUCCACAGUGGGUCUUGUUAAUAAAAUUGUGCACUUUAAACAAAGUGACUGUGAGUCCAGCUGAUAAAUAUAAAUAUAUGAAGCCAAUAAAAAAAUGCAAUAAAACA